CUUUGCUUUCUGGCAUUCCCAACAUAGCGACGACCGUCUCCAGCUAACUCUGCCGCUCCAAGGCUGGGCAUAUGGGAUCCAGCGGCCGUCCACCACCGCGCACCCCGCCGAAUAUCUUCCCAGCUGAUCUGACGCUCUCGCUCUCUCUUGCAGGUCCGUUCGGCCGGAAGGAACCAGUGGCGGCUCUGGGUGAUGAGGUGGAAAAUGGUAGCGAGGGCCAUGGCGGGAUAAGAGGCGGCGGCCUUCGAUCUGGCGAGGCCAUGGAGAUCAGUAGCGAGAACAUGGGGCAGGGAAGCCAGUCCGGGGAGGAAGCAAGCCAUGAAGAUGCGGGGGGCAACAAGAGGAGGAAGAGCUGCCACAAGCACACUCCUGAGCAGAUCAGAAUCCUGGAAGCAGCAUUCAAAGAAUCGCCGCAUCCUGACGAGAAGCAGCGGCAACAGCUUAGUGAACAACUCGGCCUCUCUGCAAGCCAAGUGAAGUUUUGGUUCCAGAACCGGAGAUGCCAGACAAAGGUAACUCAGGAGCGGCAUGAGAACUCGCUGCUCAUGCACCAGGAGAACACUAAGCUCAAAGCCGAGGUUGAGAGGCUCCACAUGGCGCUAGAGAACAACACAGCCACCUUCUCGACCUCGUCGUCGUGCUCUAUGGGGGGCAUCCAGAUCAGAAGCAGGAACUCACUGGACGACCAUGUCGAUGUUGGCCACGACGACAAGACAAUGUUCCUGGAGCUUGCCAGCCGCGCGCUAGAUGAGCUGACGAUGAUGUGCUCCUCUGGGGAGCCACUCUGGGUGCGUAGCAUCGAGACCGGUCGGGACGAUCUGAACUACAACGAGUAUGCGCGCUUGUUCCGGCACCACGAUGAUGACUCCGGCGACCGGCGGGGCGUGUGGUCGGUUGAGGUGUCAAGGGAGACUGCCGUUGUGUACGGUGGCGUGACGCAGCUUGUGCACACUUUCAUGGACGUGAACCAGUGGAAGGAGAUGUUUCCUUCCAUGGUCACCAAGGCGUCGACGCUGGAAGUGAUCCGUGCAGGCGAGAGCGAUCAUCUAGAUGGCAUCAUGCAACUGAUGUCUGCAGAGAUCCAGACACUGACACCGUUGAUACCUACAAGGGAGCUGCACUUCCUUCGCCAUUGCAAGAAGCUUGGUGCCCAGAAAUGGGCUAUCGUCGAUGUCUCCUUGGACAACUUUGAACCGGGUGCACGAACGUCAUCGACGCUUUGCAUGUGCUUGAAGAAGCCCUCAGGAUGCAUUGUAGAAGAGCAGAGCUUGGCCCGUUGUUGCAAGGUGACCUGGGUUGAGAAUGUAAAAUGCCGCAAGACCGCGGUUCCGGCGAUGUACCGACAGACGGUGACCACGAGCGGCCUGGCAUUCGGUGCAAGGCGCUGGGUGGCGGCACUCCAGCUGCAGUGCGAGAGGAUGGUCUUCUCAGUGGCGACCAACGUCCUGACAUGGGGCUUGAAUGGGGUCGACACAGUGUCAGGCAGGCAGAGCGUCCUGAAGCUCGCGCAGCGGAUGACAUCCAGCCUCUAUCGCGCCAUCGGUGCCUCCAGGGUCCGGUCAUGGAGGAAGAGGUUGAAUUACAACGGACCCUGUGAGAUCCGGGUGAUGUGCCGGAAGAGCAGAGGCGAGGGUGGCGAGCCGCAGGGGCUUGUCGCCUGCGCGGUGCUAUCGCAGUGGCUGCCGGUGAACCCGGCGGCUAUCUUCGGCUACCUGCUGGACAAAUCGCGGCGCCAUGAGUGGGACUUGAUGAUGCAUGGACAAUCUGUCCAGAGCUACGUGACUGUGCGCAAGGGGGAUGACGGCAACUGCGUCACGGCAUACGCCAUGAAAUCUUCCGUGGAGGAGCUGAGCGGCAAGUGGAUCCUCCAGGACAGCAGUGCCAGCCCCUGCGAGUCGACCGUCGCGUACGCGCCUAUCGACGCCGCGGUCCUGCGGCCGGUGAUCGAUGGGCAUGACUCCAGCGCCGUGGCCGUGCUGCCAUUCGGCUUCGUGGUGAUGCCGGCGUUGAUCACGUCGAGGGAGCAGGACAGGACGGCGGUGGACUCCGCCGGGUCGCUGGUCACCAUGGUGUUCCAGGCGCUGUUUAGCUCGUCGGCGACGGAUGCUGCGCUCUCGGCAAAUGCGAUGAAGGACGUAGCGCAUCUGGUGUUCCGCACACUGGACAACAUCAAGAAAGCGCUGAGAUGUUGAUCUGUCGGAGGAUGUGAUACAUAUACCUUCCAUGAAACAAAUAUACUUGCAAAUUUUCUUCAGUUAAACUUCUAAAUAAUGUACUGCUAAAGGAUGUUAAAUUUUAUUCAGUAAAACUGUUAAAUGA